CACGAAACUUGCUUUUCACCAUCCCAAUCAUGUCUGAAAUAGUUUUUCCUCCCUUAGAUCCCUCUCUUUACGCUUUGACCGAAGGCGAAGCUGCGUUCUUCGAGGCAGAAACAGGAAUACAAGAUGAUGUUGAGUUGAAGAACCACAUCUUAGCUACCCAAGAGGCAGCAUACAAGAUUUUCCCUUAUCCUUGUAUUCGCAAUUUUAGUUUUCUGGGGCUGAAGAUCUCAAGGCACCCGUCUUACCAACAGCUCUUGAAGAUUGGAAAGGAACGCCAGGGGGCUAUUUAUGCCGAAAUCGGAUGCUGCUUUGGAAAUGACGUCCGAAAGGCGGUCGUCGAUGGUUAUCCUGUCCAACAAGCCAUAGCCACAGAUCUGUACCCAGAAUUCUGGGAUCUUGGACACAAGCUCUUCAAGAGCACCUCAGAAAGCUUUCCGGCACGAUUCAUACCUGCGGACAUAUUCGAGCUGAAGGGUUUGAUAAAACAGCCUUUGGCGUCUGCUCCCGAGCUCUCCAAAGUCCAAUCCUUCGCAGAACUUUCUGGAAAUGUCUCUGCCAUUCAUGCUGCAUCUUUCUUCCACCUCUUUGAUGAGGAGAAGCAGUUCGAGCUCGCGAAGAUCAUGGCGGCUCUGCUGUCCUCUACUCCUGGGUCGAUGAUUUUCGGUUCUCAUGGGGCCAAUCCCAUUAAGGUGCCAAUGUUCUGUCAUUCUCCCGAGAGUUGGAAGGCACUCUGGGAUGGAGGUGUUUUUCCCGAAGGUACUGUCAAGGUUGACGCCUUUUUGAAGGAAAUUGUAGCGAAUGAUUCCAGUCCGAAUCUCUAUUUGCUCGUUUGGAGUGUUACGGUCUUGUAAAUGAAUAGGCUGUCAUGAAAGACUAUGU